CACCAUAGCUUCCUCUUUACAUUUGCUGUGAUAGCACCGAGUUUUGUCACUCAGCUUCUGAGCAAGUUCAGUGACACUGCCUGGAAAGACUGUGCCGGUGCAGAUGGCAAGCAUCCUGUGUGUGGCAUCUCUCUUUCUCUGUCUAACUAAGCUCAGCAUCAGCCAGAGGGAAGUGAAAAUACAAGAAGGACCUCUGUACAGAACCGAAGGUUACCCUGUCAGCAUCAGUUGCAACGUAAGUGGUCAUCGGGGUCCUUCUACACAGGAUUUCCAGUGGUCUAUUUACCUGCCAAGUGCCCCGACCCAAGAAGUCCAGAUCAUCAGUUCCAAGGAUGCCGGCUUCUCUUACACCAUGUAUGCCCGGAGGGUGCAGAGCAAGGAGAUCUAUGUAGAGAGGCUGCGGGGCAACUCGGUCCUGCUGCGUUUCUCGAAACUCCAGAUGAAGGAUACUGGCGAGUAUGAGUGCCACACACCCAACACGGACGGAAAGUACUUUGGAAGUUACAGUGCAAAGACAUAUCUAACUGUGAUUCCCGACACCCUGUCUGCCACCAUGCCCUCCCAGACACUCGGUAAGAAGGAAGGCGAGCCGUUGGAACUCACCUGCGAGGUGACCAAAGCCACGACUCAACAUACCCAUCUCUCCCUCACCUGGUACCUGACGCAGGAAGGAGGAGGGAGCCACGCCACCGAGAUCAUUUCUCUCUCCAAGGAUUUUAUAUUGACCCCUGGGCCCUCCUACACAGACAGAUUUGUGGCCGGCGAUGUACGGCUGGACAAGCUUGGAGCCACUUUCUUCAAACUGUCCAUAGGCAAGCUCCAGCUCUCAGAUCAAGGCCAUGUGUUCUGCGAGGCCACAGAGUGGAUUCAGGAUCCAGAUGAAGCAUGGACUUUGAUCACAAGAAAGCAGACAGAUCAAACAGCUCUGAAGAUCCAGCCAACAGCAAGAGAUUUUGAAGUGAGCAUCACGGCCAGCAGCUCCCCUGAUGAAGGGAAACCCUUGGAACUGGUCUGCCUGGCUGUCGGCAGAGGAGGUGACCCACAGCUUCAGGGUACUUGGUUCCUCGAUGGGAAGGAAAUUGCCCAGAUUGAUGCUCGCGGGAUCCUGGAUCUGAAGAGAGACUACAGAGACAGAGCAAGCCAAGGACAGCUGCAGGUUUCAAAGUUAAGUGCCCAGACUUUCUCUCUCAAGAUCUUCUCCGUGGGUCCGGAGGACGUAGGCGCCUACACUUGUGAAGUGGCAGAGGUGGUGAGGACUCAGACAGCCUCCUGGCAGGUACUUCAGAGAAAGCAGUCAGUAGGCCACCCAGUGCAGCUGAGGGAGCCGGCAGCAAGAAGUGUGACCGUGUCUGCAGAGCAGCGUGCCGUGUGGGAAGGAGAGACAGUCACCCUUCUCUGCAAGGCAGCUGGAGAUGCAGCUGCUCUGUCUGUCAGUUGGUGGCUCACCCCACAGGACCAGACCACACCCGUGUUUGUGGCUGGCAUGGGGCAAGAUGGUAUUGUGCAGCCAGGAGUCUCUUCUCCCGGCCCUGGGUACCAUGGUAACAGGAGGUUGGAGAAAGUGGACUGGGCCACCUUUCGGCUGGAGAUUGCUUCUGCCACGGUCACAGACAGCGGUACUUAUGAAUGCAGAGUGUCAGAGAGACCCCAGAACCAGGCCAAAGAUUUGCAGUCAACCCAGAAGAUUUCAGUCACAGUAAAAUCUCUGAAAUCAAGUUUGCGAGUUAAUCUGAUGAGCCGGCAGCCACAAGUGAUGUUAGCCCAUACCUUCGACCUGUCUUGUAUAGUGAGGGCCAACUACUCGGAUCUCAAGCUGCCAUUCUCCGUGAUGUGGCAGUUCCAGCCAGCUGGCUCUGGAGCCUUCCAUCAGCUUAUUCGAGUCACCCAUGAUGGCCGAGUUGAAUGGGGGGACACCCUCCCCCAGCUCCACAGGAAGACGAAGGUGUCACAGUCUUUCUUUCGUUCUCAACUCCAAAUCCACGAUGCUGCCAUGGAGGAGACAGGGGUGUAUCGGUGCGAAGUGGAGGUUUAUGACAGAAAUUCCGUGUGCACAAGUGGCCCGGCCAGGGUGUCUGCCACCUCUAACCUAUUAAUGAUUACAGUCACCUUUCCAGAGAGCAAACUGAGAGUGAACUCGAGCAGUCAGGUCCAAGAGCUAACCAUCAGCUCCAGCACUCAAAUAGAAUGUGCCAUCUUGUCCCGAUCUGCUGGAAACCUUCCGUUAUCCAUCAUUUGGUACUUCUCUCCCAUUUCUACAAAUGCAUCCCACUUGAAAAUCCUAGAAAUGGACCAAACCAAUGUUGUAAAAUAUGGGGAUGAAUUUCAAACCCCUCGGAGCAAGCAAAAAUUUUAUUCCGAGAAAGUUUCCCAAGACUUAUUUCUGCUGAACAUUCUGAGCAUGGAGGACAGUGACCAGGGCUGCUACCACUGUGCUGUAGAGGAAUGGCUCUUGUCUACAAAUGGCACUUGGCAAAAGCUUGAAAGGAAGACUUCAGGACUCACAGAAUUGAAACUCAGGCCCACAGAGUCCACGUUCUCUUCCCGGAUCUGCUCCUCUGGACCCUUACUCCACUUCCUCGUCGUCUGCCCCUUCCUCAUGUUGCUCCUUCUAUUCACGUCCUGCCUCUGCUUGUACUGGAAGGCCAGGAAGUUGUCAGACCUGAGUCUCAGUUCGAAGAAAGAAAAGGCUCUUUGGGUGGGCAUGAGGAGGACAUCACUUCAGAAGGAAGGAGGAGAGGAGGGUGAAGGCUACUGAGUUCCAAGGAGCAUCUGUGCUGACAGAAGGAGUGUGGAGAACUUGGUUGGACUGACCAGGGUGAAUGAAUUGUGCUUCAGACCUUGGCCAAGUCACCUAGGGACCAGAAGGACCAUGCCAUGGGCAUGUGUGGUUAACCAGAUCUAGUUGAGUGCUUCUUUGUGUAGCAACCUUUUUUUUUCUUUCAUCCUUCAGAAGCAGAUAGCAUCAUUGACCCCACUUACACAGACCUCACCUCCUGGAGGUCCAGCCCUCAUCUGGAAAGAGAGGACUACCAGCUGGCAAGCCUUCCUUCCUCUCUCAUUCCCCUCCAACAUCACCUAUUCCCUUGGAAACAUCAGCUUGGCCCAGUCACAAGGGAAAUCAUUUUUCUUUAAAUAAGAAAUGUAGGGGAAACUGGGUGUCUGCAAAGUAAGAGAAAUUGAGAGCGUGGACUGGCUUGCCUGCAAUCGGACUCCCCCAGUCAGUAUGUAGCUUUUUCUAGGCAGAAAUCCAAUGUUUUUCCUCCAACCCCCUUUGCCAAUGCCUGCUGAAAAGUUAAAGAGUAGUUGUCUAAUCAAUAUUGGUCCUUUGACAAAAGAGUAACAUGUUGCAGCCUUUUUGAAGUGUUGAUUCAAUGUACUGCUUUUAUGAUUUGGGCAUGUUUUUUUUGUUUCUGUCUUUGUUAUGUUGAGAAAAGGUCUUGGGAUACAGCCCCAUGCCAGCCUUGAACUUGAUCUCACUGUAUAGCCCUGGACUGUACAGUCUGGGGUGUCCUCCAAUUUACAGUGGUCUUCCCCCUUCCAAGCCAGCCUCCAAGUGCUGGGAUUAGAAGCAUGUAUUGGCACUGGUCAGUGCUGUGCAUGUCUUUAAUCCCAGCACUCAGGAGGUAGAAGUGGGUGAAUCUCUGAGCUCAAGGCCAGCCUGGUCUACAGAGUAUGUUCCAAGAAAGCCAGGGCUACACAGAGAAACCCUGUCUUGGAAAAAGAAGGAAGAAGAAGAAAAAGAGGAGAAAAAAGAGGAAGAGGAGGGGGCUGGAGAGAUGGCUCAGGGGUUAAGAGCACUGAUAGUUCUUCUAGAGGUCCUGAGUUCAAUCCCCAGCAACCACAUGGUGGUUCACAACCCUCUGUAAUGUGAUCUGAUGCCCUCUUCUGGUGGGUCUGAAGACACCUACGGUGUACUCAUAUACAUAAAAUAAAUAAACCUUUAAAAAAAAAGAGGAGGAGAAAAGGAGAAGAGGAGGAGGGAGGGUGAGGGGAAAGGGAGGAGAGGAAGAUAUUGCCAUGCUUGGUUUUUAAGAGAUAGUAAGUCAUCAUUGAAGAAUAUCCCCCUACACCCAUACAACAGUGUUCUACUCAGCCCCCAAGGCCUCCUCCUAUCUCCUACACACACACACACACACACACACACACACACACAAACACACACACACACACACACACACACACACACACACACCAGGCCUCCUCCUAUCUCCUACACACACACACACACACACACACACACACACACACACACACACACACCAGGCCUCCUCCUAUCUCCUACACACACACACACACACACACACACACACACACACACACACACACCAGUCUACCACCAUAGUGCUUGGCCAGUGCCUUCUUUGAGAGCACUGGGUAGGAGGGACGAGCUUUAGUAGAACUUGGGAGAGAGCUCUACAGUAAUUCCCUGAUCUCACGAUACUGCAGUGUUGGUUCAAGGGAAGCAGAGGGUCAAGUCUGAUUCCUGAGUUUCCUAAUCUCACUCUAGAAAUCCCAGUGUGAUGGUUUAAGGCUUUCAAGAGCUGUUUCCACUGUGCAGGCCUGGCCACAGCCAGAAUUGAAAAUCAAUCAAAUAAAGGACCUGAGAUAACA